CCGGCCCACAUCGAGCACCGACUGGACGCCAUCUUUUAGUUGUGGUCGACGGCGUCGGUUUCGAUUAGCGUCCGAAGUGUUCAGGUACGGUUUACUAAUCCGAAUUUCACAUCGUUGUUGUGACAUUGCGACGCUCUAACUCAUUUUGCCGGUCAAUUUUCCCACUUAUUUUCGUUUUCAAGUAAAUACGACAUACUGCGACCCUUUAUUCAAAUCGAUUUUCGCUGUCACGUUCGCGCGUCUAUUUACAAACAGUGCAGUUUGUCGUCAAAUAGUCAACUUACGCCGAUCUUUUAUCGUCCAUUUGCGUAAUACUAUUCGAAACACUCCGAUGGCGUACAACCGACGAAGUGGCGGUGGAUAUGGUGGUUAUGGUAGCGGAGGCGGCGGUUAUGGUGGUGGCGGCGGUGGUGGAGCUGGUGGCCGAUACAACAACGGCGGCGGUUACCGAGCCGGAGGUGGCUCCGUUAAUCCUUGGCAAUCUGGCUCUGGGUCUGGUCCGUUACCACGACAGGCACAACAAGGCGGGCAUCCUCCGCCAGCUCAAUUGGCAAUGUCUGGAGGAGGUUAUGGUGGUGGUCCAAAUCGAAGUGGAAAUUGGGGCAGUGGUCCUAGAAUGUCACAUAUGAGUAUGCGUCAAAGACAAGAUGGUCAUGGAGGAGGAUUCAAUAAAGAUAAUAGGCGUCGUGGUGGUGGUGAUCCACACAAUAGAUUUUCUGGUGGAGGCCGUAAAUCUGGUGGGGGAACAAAAGAUGCAGAUAAACGUAAAUCUGCAGGAAAAGUUAAUGAUGAAAACAAAAAAGGACAAAAUGAUCGUGAGAGAACUAAGGAACAAUUGGAUGCUGACAAAAAAGUAUCUUAUGUUGGUGUUCCUUCAGCUGUACUUUAUUGUCAUGUAUGUUCUAAACAUAUGUGGGAUUCUGAGUCUUUUGAAAAACAUGUACGUGGAAGACCUCACGAAUUGAUGAUGAAUUACUUAGAUGAAGCAUACAGAAUGCGUGUUGAUUUUAUGAGACAUCAAAUAAAAGCUGUUGAAAACCAAAGAGAAAUUGAUUUGGAACGUGUUACAAACAACAAACAUAAAUCUAAUAGUAAAAAUGCAGGCAACUCUGGUUCUAAACCACUUUUACGUAGCUAUUGUCCUAUGUGCGAUGUACGGUUUUAUGGACCAUUAACUGGGCAUCGAAAAAGCGAUAGACACAGGAAACUAAAACAAUUUUUGCAUCCGGAAUGCAAAUUGUGUGAUGCCUUAUUCCAUACACGACUUGAAAUGGAUGAACAUAAGCUUACUGCUGGACAUUUAAAAAAAGUGUCUGAAAUGCGCCAUGUUGAACAUCCUCAUUUGAAAGAUGAUGAAUUUGAUCUGAUUGACAUGAUUAAAAUUGAAGAAGAAGACCAGCAAGAUCAUGAUCAGAUGCCUGUGGCCAAAAAAUAUGAAAUGCUUGGUGAUCGUGAUGCUACUAAAUUAAAAUUAGAGUUGGAGGGUGGAAGUGGAGAAAAGCAUCAUCGUGGUGGGAAGAAAGGUGCUGGAACUAAGGUAGCUGCUGUUGCUGCUGAUACUGCAAUUACAACUAAUGACAAAGAUCAAGAACAAGAGAGUAAAGAAAAAAAAGAAGAAGAGAUGGAUACAUCAGAUGUUACAGCUACAGGAGAAGAAUCAACUGUAGAAGAUGUGGCUGAUCAAUCGAUAAAAGAAGAUAAUGCUACUAAUGAAUCUGCAACUAACAAAGAAAAUCAACCCGCUGCUUACGAUCCAAAGGUGGCCAUAGGAAAAGAAUUGUUGGUCUCUUCAAAAGGAUUUGUGUGUAGAUUAUGUAAUUGUUUUUUACUGGACGAACAACGUGUUUCAAUUCAUUGUCAGACUGCUGCCCAUUAUAUCAAUUACACAACAAUGACCAAAAUGAAAGAAGCUACUUCAGGAAGUAAGAAACGAACAAUUGAUCAGGUGAUUGAAAAAGAUGAUACUGCCAAGGUUGGUGAAGUUAAAAUAAAAGAAGAAGAAAUUGAUAGUGCUGACAACAACACAAAUGCUGUAACUGAAAAUGUUGAGAUUGAUUCUGAGGAGAGUAGAGCUGUUAAACGCAUUAAAUUGGAGGUUAAAGAAGAACCUGAUACUGAAAACAAUAAAAUGGAUACAACUGAAGCACAAGUAAGCACAGUGACUGAAAAAACAGAAACACCUCCUGUCAUUGAAGAUAAAAUAGCUGAAACUGAAAAAGUGAUGCCAGUAGCCGUACCAAUAGUAACUCCAGUUACAAAGCCAGCGGUUCCAGUUACAACACCAACUAGAGGGCGUGGUGGUGGCAGAGGUCGUGGAGGAAGAGGUGGUGUAGCUAGGCGUGGAGCGCGGCGUUAAAUCUAUAACUCAAAGAAAAAAUUUAAUUAUCAAAAUAUAAAAAAUUAUUUACCCGCAUUUUAUUGUCCAGUAGUCACAGUGAUUUCUACAUUCAUUUUUUAUUAUUAUACAUUUAUAUUUAUUUGUAAUGACAAACCCUUAAUAAUUUAAUAUAAUUUACAAUUAUAAUUUACCCACGGACCAUAACAAUAUUUUUUUCCAUUAAAUUAUACAAAUAUCUGCUAUUAUUAUCAUUUUAUGACUAGCAGUUUUUUCUGAUAGUUAUUAAGUGUAGUGAUGAUAAUAUUACUUUAGUUUACAUUAUUCUGUCGAUAAAUGUAAUCAUGUGUGACAAGUUAUACUAUUAUAUUAUUUAAAUAUAAAUUUAAAUUUUAACUUUACAAAAUAAUUAUUAUUUCGAGUAAGGUUUUUUUACAUUUUAAUAUAUGUGUGUGUUUAAUAACUAUUUUAAUAUUAAUCCAUAUUAUUCUAUGACAAAAUUUAAUUUUGUUCUUUUUUUCAAUAUUGAACCAUUGAUUACUGUGCUAGUUUUUAAUAA